AUGAAUAAUAAGUUUUCAUUAGUUUUUAUAUUUUUAUUUUUAUUUGGAAUAAUUAGUUUAUAUGGAAACUAUAUCAACGCAGAAAGAGUAAAAAGAUCAGUUGAUGUAAAAUCUAUACCAAAAUUUACUUCAAAUUUUAAUUAUUACAUUGAUAAAGCAAUUAAACUUACAAAAGAUAUUGAUACAGCUUUUAAACACAUAUGGCAUUAUACUUGUUUUGAAUUUACAAAACAUGAAGAUUAUCCAGAUAAAAAUGGAAUGGUCUUUAGAUAUUCUAAAAAUGAAAGUUAUUUUACUUAUGCUUUUAAUAAAAGAUUGGCAUAUGUAUAUUUAAAUGACGAAUGUUUGAAAAACACAGGAUGUGUAAAACAUUAUAUUGCUUUUGCAUUUGGUUUACAACCUGAAAUAAAUCGUUAUGAUAGAGGUAAAUAUGUAGAAAUGCUUUGGGAUAAUCUUGAAGAUGAUGGUAAAUCAUUUUAUAAAAGAGAAGAUGGUACUAAAACUCGUAUAUUAAAUACUGCUUUUGACUUUGGAUCAAUUAUGAUGCCAUCACAAAGUUAUAAAGCUAAAAAAGGCAAAAAAGCAUUUAAUAUUUUAGCAGAACCUGAAUAUGAAAAUAUGGUUGGUCAAAGAGGAGAAUUUUCACAUAAUGAUCUUAAAAAACUUAAUGAUAUGUAUUGUGGUAAUCGUUGUGUCAAAAAAUUGAAAGGAUGUAAAAAUGGUGGAUAUCCUAAUCCUGAUUGUGGAAAAUGUUUAUGUCCUAAUGGAUAUACUGGAAAAUUUUGUACACAAACACAAAAAGGUUUUGGAAAGUGUGCAAAUUUAUGGCUUAAAGCAACAAAAAAAGUUAAAAAAUUGUCUAUAAAAGGAAUUGCUAAGUGUUAUAUUUCAAUUACCUCAAAACCAGGAACAAAAGUUGCUAUACAUGUUGUUAAUGGAUUAACACUAGAUAAAAAACCAUGUAAUGACAACACUGGUUUGGAAAUUAAAUAUCGUCAUGACAGAGGUUCUACUGGACUUUGUUUAUGUGGUAGUUUUAAAAAUGUAACAAUUAUUCCAACAUUUAGUCAAGCAUUGUUAAUUUACUAUGGUGAUAGAGACAAUAAUUAUGUUAAUUUGGAAUAUCACGAAUAUAAAUAA